UGGCAGGGUCAUCACUGCAGCUCAACUGACUCAAGAACACUUUACGGUCCUGGGUACGGUUCUAACAUCAAUCUCCAAAGAUGUCUCAGGAAGUUGACUGGCUACACAGCCAGGCAGGCCUGUGUAAAGUAGACCUCUACAAGCCUGAAGGACAGAAGGACCAGGACCGUAAAGUGAUCUCUUUUGUUGACGUCUCCAGCCUGAAUUUAAAAGCCACAGAUCCAAAAGCAAAGCAAGCUGCAAGCCAGUCCAGCAACAUCUCUGAACAUUCAAAUGAACUUGACCUAGUAAACAUGGAGGAAAGAGAGGUCAUUGUAAUAAAAGACAAUGAAAAGCAAGAUCGUUUUAAGACUGAAGGAACAGUCUGUCUUUUUAAACAAGGUUCAACUGAUGAACUUAACAUUGUGAGCUGGCUCAACAAUGACCUUCAGAAAUAUGCAGUUGGAUUCCAGCAUGCACUGGCUCCUUCAGAUAAUCCACCGAAACACAAAGGUAGUGACAGCUUCAAAAACACCCUACUGUACCAGAAUAAUGACACAUCAUUAAAGUCUACUGGUGCUCAAAAAGAAAACAAGGGAGACACUGAUGAUGUUUCAUACUAUGUAAAUAAGCUCUGUUCCUUGGUUGCUCAAAUGGCCAGUAAGGAGAUCACAGACAAACUGGAAGGAACUGCCCAAAACUGUAUAAGUCAAGCAAUUCAUAGAUCCACUCAUGAAGGGAAAAAUAAUACCACCUGUGGCGACGUGAGCAAAAUUGCAUCACAGAUGGUGAAUGAAGCUGUUGAAGCAAGCACACAAGACCCUCGUGGUAAACUACUAUCUCCCAAGGCAUCUCAAGAAAGGACUAUUAAGGGAGAAGAUCAUUCAGGCUCCAAGAAAACAUCUCUUUUCUAUGGCGAGAUGUCCAAUCAAAAGGGCUGUAAACAAGGAGAAAAAUCUUCAGAUAAGCAAAUGCAUCAGCAAGCCAAAAACUCCAGGCAAGAUGAAUAUGGUACUUCUGUCAACAAAGAGCUAAUGGUUUAUGCAAACAAGGUUGCUUCAGACAUGGUGUUCUCAUUCUUGAAGACCAUGAAGGUCGAAAAGAAGGGCAACAAGCAUGCUCCAGCUUGCCUGGUUUUGAAGACAACAGCUCUCAAACACACCAGAGAUGUUAUAUCAGACUUGAUAGACUCAAUAAUGAAAAAUCUGCAUAGUGUCACAGGUGAGCUCAUGACAGACUCUGGCUUCGUUGCUACUGUGAAGAAAAAUCUAUUCAGUGUAGCGAACCAGAAGUCUACUGAAAUUCUGGAAGCAAUGGUUAAACGCCUUUUUCAAGCCCUAGCAGGAGAAGAUAAGGGACAAUCCAGGUCUCAAAGUCUAGCAUUUACAUCACUUAAAACAGGGUCCCAGGACCCAAAAUCUCAAGCCAUGCAGUUUACAGCAAUGCAAAGUGCAAUGCACAACUCUGGAAAAGACAAGGAAAAAGGAGGAAACAAAUCUCAAUCGUCAUCAUGCAAGCCUUCAGAAAAGCACUGCUCAAUGGAUAAGUAUGCAAAAGACCUCAUUGUGACUGCCUUAAUGUUGAUACAGCAACAUCUACUGCAACAGACAAACAAUGGCAAGGACUCUAGUGAAUCACAUGCCACUUCGUUUGGGUAUGUUUCCCGCGAUGCACAUUUUGAAAAAGCUGGGAACAGCCAAAGCUCCAAAUCCCUUGCAGAGGCUUCUGGGUCGAGGUCAGCAGGGACAAGGCACGAUUACCAACAGCAGCUCUACUCCCAAAAGGGAGACAUAUCAAGUGUCCUCUUGUCCAUCAUACAGAAGGUCUUGCAUGAAGCUGGGUUCAAUAUAGAAGACAGCUCCAGCGAAACUAACGAGAGCUUCAAGCAUACCCCUGCCAGCGAAUGGGAGCCUGGCAAACAGGCUGUAGCCAAACAGCCGAAUUCAGCCAUGGAGCAGUCUGACAAUAUGGAUCAGGUCAACAGGCAAUUUUUUGACCAACUGGUGGAAUCUGUGAUAAAGUUAUGUCUCUUCAUGGUCAAAGGCAGUGGCACUGAUAUAGCUAUAGGUGACUUGUCAGAGGAACCCAAUGCAUUUGGUACCUCAUCUGCAAAAGCUCAAGCAACACCCAGGAGAGCUUCCCUAUCAAAACAGAUUGGAAACCCACUUACAGGUUCAUCUUCAGGUUCACAAGUAGUAGUGACCAACCAGAAUGCCAACAGCAGCUCACAAAACAAAGAGCUUCAGGCCAUCCUCCAGUGGGUGGUUGCUUCCCAGUUCAACGUGCCAAAUCUGUCAUUCAUGCAUGGAAAUGAAGAGAAUCUGAAGAAACUUCCUUUGCUAGCUGAAAAAGCAGCCAUGAAGGGCUACAGUGUGGGGGAUAUUCUCCAGGAAGUGAUGAGGUACUUAGAAAAACAACAGUUUGAUGCCACUGUGGGAAACAUAACUCGCUGUGGACUGAUGGACUGGUUGCUUAAUAGCCUCUGAGGAAAGCACCAACUCAACUCCCCCUCCCUCAAAAGUCACCUGGACCCAGCCAAAGCCCCCAAACCAGCCCUCUGCUGGCACAAGCACACAUUUGCAAGAGACAGCUCUGCAUCGAAUUCAACAGGCUGUUGCACACAAGCUGGGCAAGAUCAUCAAUAAAAAAAUUAAAAAAUAAAGGACUACUUUAUUAAGCAUUUCAGCAGAGCUAAAAAAAAAUAACUAUGCAACUACUAG